AUGUUCGCCGCUCGUCGUCUUACCAACCUGCCCCGCGUGCGCACCCAGGCCGCGUUCUUCCACCAGACCGCGCCCGCAUUCGUGCAGAAGGGCGAUGCGAUCCCCGACUUGAACGUCCUGGUUGAGAACUCCCCCGGAAACAAGGUCAACCUGGCCAAGGAAUUCGGCAGCAAGGGCAAGGGUGUCAUCGUUGGUGUCCCCGCUGCUUUCAGCCCUGCCUGCUCAAGCACUCACGUUCCCGGCUACAUCAACCACCCCAAGCUCCAGAACGCCGGUCAGGUCUUCGUUGUCGCUGUCAACGAUCCCUUCGUUACCAAGGCUUGGGCUGAGUCCCUUGACCCCAGCGGCAAGAGCGGCAUUCGCUUCUUGGGUGACCCCACCGGUCAGUUCAACGAGGCCCUUGACUUGACCUUCGACAGCACCUCCAUUUUUGGGCAACAUCCGUAG